CCUUUCUCGCGGCUCAGUUCCGACGGUGCAUCGAUAGUGGGAAGUGCUCUCUCCCCGGGAAAAAGUUUGUGCGGCGUUCGCGAUUUCGUUCGGCGGGUACGCUUUUUUUUUCGUGCGGUUGCUUUUUUUUCCUUAGUUGCUUUUCGGGUUUGCUAUUAUUGUAGGCUAGGCACACUUGAUUGUGGGUGUGUUCCUUCCGUGUUUCUCCCUGCGCCACGCGCUCGACCAUCGCCGGGUUGUAAUGUGGGAUGGUUAUUGAAUUAAAGCAGGAGGAAAAAAAACACGAAAGGGAAGCAAGAAUAAAAGGAUAAUUUGGCUCGCGACGGACGCGCGUUUCCGUGGAAAAGGAUCGUCGGUGGCGGUGGAUGUGUUUUGAUAUUUUUUUUUCUCGAGCGCGCUUGCUGUGGUCAGCUAGUUUCGGGGGUGGAUUUUUUCCUCUCCUUUUUCGCUUGGAGUCGGUGGUGUGAGGAGUCAACUUAAUUUGAUUUAUAAAAGAAGGAUUCAUUCACCCUCUCGCUCGUAACGAUUUUUGCCUUGUGGUCGGCCGUGGCGUAACAACAGUGAUAAAGAUCUGGGCGUAGGGAGUUUUUUUUUAUCGGAGCAGUGGGAGCAGAAACAACAACAACAGUGGCAGUGGAAGAAAAUAGCUGUGUGAAACGACGAUAUAUAUAUUUAUAGCGUAAUUCCCGGUUUGUUUUCCUUUCCUGUGACCGAUCUGGCCAAAUUGCUGUUUAGAUUUGUUCUUUUUCUCUGGCUAACGAGGGAACGGCGGGCAACGUGCCCCUAGUGUAUAAUUUCAUUAAGUGUUGUUUUUUUUCUUCUGCCCAUUCGUCUCGUUCUGGUUUUAUAAUUAGAAGUCGCUGAGCACUUCUUUCCUCGCAUUUUUAUUUAUUUUUAAUUACCCUCAGUUUUAUUAUGUAAACAAAGUUGUAUUUUCGGGUGUUUGACAAACCUCCUGAGAGGAGGCAGCAUGUUGCGUUAGUUGUUCUAGGGGGAAAGCGGAAGAAGCGGUGGUGAUACAGUGUAGUAGUGUUAUAAAAAAAAGAUAUCCCGUAGAAGAACGGGAGAAAGUUUCUUCCAAGGGGAAGAGUAUAAAGAAACAGUCAAACACGCGCACACCAGAUAAAAAAGAAGUUCUUGAGAAUGUGAAGAUCGUCUAAGAAGUUCCAGGAAGAAGUCGUUAAGCAGAGCCGACAGCAAUGAUGCAAUUCAAAAUUCAUUUCGUUCUCCUGUGCGUGUUCCUGGCGGGAACCUCCGGUCACCGGGCCUACUUGAGAAGCUUCCAAACGCAAACCCUCAUCGAUCCGUGCUACGACGAGGAUCGCCCGAGGCGAUGCAUGCCGGACUUUGUGAAUGCCGCGUUUGGUGUACCGAUCGAUGCGUCCUCGAUUUGCGGCAAAGACAAACCCACUCGGUACUGUGACUACAAGGACCAGUUGGCGCGGAACGAAUCGGUUUGUGACAUUUGCGAUGAUUCCGAUCCUACCAAGCGGUUUUCGCCGCUUUCGCUGACCGAUGUGCAUAAUUCGAACAAUGUAACCUGCUGGCGUUCGGAACCACGCGUUGGUUCCGUCGAUCCCGGUUCUCAGCCGGACAAUGUCACGCUAACGCUUUCGUUGGGUAAAAAAUUCGAGCUCACGUACGUCAGUCUAAUGUUUUGUCCGUACGCUAUUCGACCGGACUCGAUGGCCAUUUUUAAAAGUGCCGAUUAUGGAAAGACCUGGCAGCCGUUCCAGUUCUACAGUUCGCAGUGCCGUAAGCUGUACGGGCGACCGAUUCGUGCGACCAUAUCUAAAACUAAUGAACAGGAAGCUCGUUGCGUUGACCAUAAUCGUUUCAACGCCGACGGCGUCCAGGGUUCACGGAUCGCAUUCAGUACCUUGGAGGGGCGUCCAUCGGCGCAGGAUUUUGACUCGUCGCCGGUUCUGCAGGAUUGGGUCACCGCAACCGAUAUCCGGGUGGUGUUCCAUCGUUUACAACCUCCUACCAUGACCACGAUCCUGAAAACUCAAUCUUCCGAGCAGAUCAAGUACAAGAAGAGCGAAUACAUUUCGAAGGAAAUUUUCACUCCUCCCUCGGCCGGAGUGUCCACCUACGCUCUGUCUGACUUUGCCGUCGGGGGGCGCUGUAAGUGCAACGGGCACGCCUCUAAGUGUAUCAAGGGAGUGGACGGCAAGUUGGAGUGUGAUUGCAAGCAUAACACGGCCGGACGUGACUGUGAGCGGUGUAAGCCGUUCUACUUCGAUCGGCCGUGGGGACGCGGCACGGUGCGGGAUGCGAACGAGUGUAAAGCCUGCAACUGCAACGGCCAUGCACGGAAGUGUCGCUUCAAUCUGGAACUGUACAAACUGUCCGGACGGGUUUCCGGCGGGGUAUGCAGCGACUGUCGGCAUGAUACCACCGGACGGCACUGUCACUACUGCCGCGAGGGUUUCUACAAGGAUCCAACCAAGGCCAUCACGCACAAGAAGGCCUGCAAACCCUGUGACUGCCACCCAAUUGGAUCGUCGGGUAAAAACUGCAACCAUACAUCCGGCCAGUGUACCUGCAAGGAGGGCGUAACGGGACUAACCUGUAAUCGAUGUGCCCGCGGCUAUCAGCAGAGUCGAUCCCAUAUCGCACCGUGUAUCAAGAUACCCCGCGUAACGAUGGUCAACCAUCAGGCACAGAACACGGCACCAGACUCCUAUCAGUACGAUCCAGAUGCAAGUGAAAGUACCAAAGAAAAUUGCGGCAAAUGUAGAUUUGACACGAAACGAUUAAAUCUGAAUAAAUUCUGCAAGCGAGAUUAUGCGAUCAUGGCAAAGGUCACCGGUCGGACAUCGUCCCCCAGCGGCAAGCCGCCGUACGGAUCCCGCGAUGAGGUCCGAUUCAAUCUGCAGGUGCAGACGGUGUUCAAAUCGACCAGCCCGCUGCUCGGUGCGAACAGCCAGCGGAAGGCCAGCGUGGGGCUGCUAGUGUCCAGCAAGAACCUGGACUGCCGGUGUCCGAGUAUUAAGAUUAACAAAUCCUACUUAAUAUUGGGCAUGGACUCGAAGCAGAGCCCCGACUCGCUGGUGCUCGGACCGAAGACAAUCAUCAUCGAAUGGAAGGACGAUUGGACCCGAAGGCUACGGCGGUUCCAGCAGCAGUCCGGUUCUUGUUAUUAGGAGAGCCUGUAGCAAGCAAGAGCAUCGGUCAAACAAGUCAAUUUGGAUCGGUUCGGUGUGCGUGUGAGCGAGGAUAUCGAAUGAACGAGUGAAUGUGUGAUUUUAAUAUAUAUAUACACUAAUAUUACUGAACGUACAUACACACACAAAAAAACAGCAAACAAAUACAAAUGCACCCUUACUCAUAUGUAUUAUUAACGUAGCCGUUAAGAGUGGAUUGAUUGUGCUAGAGGAAGGCGAUUUUUUCACGGACUCCCACGCGAAAAGUGUAGAAAGUGUUUGGUGAAGUGCGCAGAAAAGGGGAAAAACCGGAAAUAAUCUUACCAACAAUAGUAUUUUUGUCUCUGUCAGUGCCAUUGAAAACUAUAUAACUAAUAAUGAUGAAAAAGCAGCAAACAUAAGUCAAAACAUUACUAACCGUGAGUAUACACACACAUUAGAAGAUGAAAAUGUAUGCAAUAAUAUGUACAAUAAAGUUAGAGUGUACAAUUUCGAUUUUAAGAGAUCAAAAUGUGUUUUUUAGAGAUUCCGCUUUUUGCAGUCAGCAGCCAUUGUUGUUCGAAUAUUAUACAUUUCUCAGCGUCGUCAAUAUUAGGCAGUUUGAGCAUAGGCAUAACUAGUGGAUAACUUCUACCGAGUUUAUGUAAAUAGUACAUGCUAUUCUCGUUAUAUUUUCACUAUCAGGAAGACAUACCUUGUCGGAGGCGUUCAUUAUUCGUGUAGAGCCCAUCGCUUAAAUCCAAUAGUGAUUUGAUAUUCGAUGUUUGAGUCCUGUUGAAGAAGCUGUCACAUUCUAACCGUGGAUCACACAAGCGUUUGUCGUACAAAGAAACUAUCAAUCGGUUUACUUUAAUUCCACUGUUAAACUUGAGAAAAAAAAACCAUAACCACUUGUUUUAUUAAAAAUUAUCUCUAGAUAUAAAAGCAAACAAAUAAAUGUUUCAACAUUCACGAUUAUUGAGAGUAUCAAGUGAACUUCCAUAGAGAUACGGCGACACCAACGAAACUGUCAAACAUUGACCGUGUUGCCAUAACAAUCCGCUGCACUUUUCUUUAACAUUUGUUAUUUUCUUUUUCAACUUUAUCAAUAACUUUGAAAGCAACUUAGCAUAUCGAUUGUGAUUUAUUAUAUCGACUUCUUUUACUCGAAAAUGGUAGCUUGUCAUCAGAAUGAGACAAUUUCUCCUUGUACGACACACGCAGCAAAUUCAAAAUUUGAGCAACCUUACAUCACCGUAAAAACGUCACAAUUAGCCAUUAAGUUCAAUGAUGUCACGCUAAACAAAUCAGCAAAACCAAGUAAUAUUUAAAUCGAGAAUUACUUUCUACAUAUUGUGAUCAUACUCCUGUAUAUAAACCCAAGCCAAUCGAUAGCCCACAAAUAUUAUUAACAAAAACAAAUCUGCAAUUCGCUAUAAUCAUUGUUAGGGAACUAAUUUAACUAUUCAAACAGAUAGCACAAAGUAUAGCAGUCGGUAUGACGAAGAGAAUUUCUGUUUUCUAGAUUUAUAGUAAGUGUUUUUGUUCCAUAUCAUAAAACAAUCUUCCGUACGGGCCAAAAGAAAAAUUCAGUCAACUUUACAGAAGUGACUUCCUUAUUUAACGACAACCUAAACAAAAUUUUGAUUCCAUGUGAAAUGUAGAUCCCAAUCCCAGCGAGAAUCGAAUCACAUUCUGUCGAACCUGAACUUACCGAAACAAAUUAAAACAAACAAACAAAAAAAUAACCGAUCGAUGUAUUAAUCAAAAUAAUUCUUAAUGUUUUGACCGCUUGUUAAAAUGAUAGCUGCAACUGAUCUGAAAUGUUUCAACAAUUGAUUCAGCAAGCAAUUGUAGGUGGUCAAACAGAAAAUUAUAGCGAAAAGCUGGAAAAAAGUAAUAAAAUCAUUAAAUUAUUUUAUAUUAAACA